GUGUUUUUCUCAGGUAACCGCACAUCAAAUGGAUAUUUUGACGGUGUUGUCAACUACAAAAAACCUCUGUUUAUAUUCGACACAAUGCGGUAGUUCAUGAAAAGAGUUUGUCAAACAUUGCACAUCAAUUUAAACUUAAAAAAAUAACUCAACAUUUGAUACCAUGUUGACGAGUCAAUCAAUGUUUCGGGAAAUUUGACACAGAUUAUUAAACGUCAGUUUUAGAAUACGAUAGUAACUAAUGCUAAUUCCUGUUUUAUUAAAACAAGGUAUAUAUUUCGGAAUCCUCGAAUAAACGUAUCAGAACAGUAAUAUUGUAUCAGUAGUUCAAAUAAAAUAGAUAAAACGUCGGAUUUCCGUACAAAACUCACAAUCGACAAGAAUUGAGAUCACAGUCCAAAAGUAAUAAUUUGUGGAUGCACCUGUCACGCCAAGAACUACAGGUUUUAGUAGGUGUUCGAAAUAAUGAUGAUCGACCUUGGCGCGAGCGCGCAAACGCGGCGUUUUUGACAGCGAUUCAGAGUCUAUUUAUCAACGCACUCUUGUCGAAAUAUCUUAGUAAGAUUCAGUUUUUGGCGCGAGAUGGAACAUAUGAGUUAUCCUGUGUAUUACAUAAUCAUAUAACGUAAAAAUUCAAUAACCUAAAUUGAUCAAUUUCAAAACGUUAUGCCACACCAAAUUCAACUAAUUUUUUCUCUACGCAAGCACCAAAAAAUUAAGAAUCAUAUCAGAUAACACAGGCUUAUAAAAUAAGAAUAAUCCUUGUUACACUUAUUUCUACCCUUGUAUAUUCAGCUAAUCCAACAAAAUUUUAAUCCAUUCCCACUGACAUCAGCUACCCCAUCCCUUUACAAAUAAAAAAUUAUGCAGUCCAUCAGAUAGUAUUGAAAGAUUUACCAAUUAUUCAAUAUUUCACUGGACAGCUAGGUAAAUGGGUAUACUUGGAAAGUUGUUUGGAAAGUACCUGUUAGUGACAAAUACUGUGAGUUGCGGCUUAAUGAUGGGAUUCGGUGAUCUUUUCCAGCAGGGACAUGAGCAUUGGAAACAAUGCAGCAGAAACGAGAGUGUUUCCUUGCAGAGCGGAAAAUUGUUAAAGCUCGAUUCAGAAACUAAAAUAGAUAAUGAAAUAAACUCAAUAACUCUACCUAAUAUUGACGAUAAUGAUAAAAAAUAUGUCCACGAUUAUAUACGAACAAAAAAUAUGAUUAUAGUUGGCAGUAUACAGGGUCCAUUUCAUCACUACUUUUAUGCAAUAUUAGAACGAACGAUUCCCAAAAAAGAUGCAGUUUCCUUAGUCAAGAAAAUACUUGCAGACCAAUUCAUCGCCAGUCCUGCAUGCCUCGCAAUUUUUUUCUGUGGUCUUGGAGCUCUGGAACAUAAUGAAAUAGGAAGUAUCCAAAAUGAAGUUGCGCUAAAGUUUUUGGAUACCUGGAAGAUCGACUGGUGCUUCUGGCCUCCUGUACAGUUUAUUAAUUUCCUACUGGUUCCUAUACAGUAUCGUGUGAUCUAUACAAAUCUAAUGACUAUGAUCUACGAUACAUUUUUAUCGUACAUAAGAUAUGAUGCAGAAUAUGACUGAUUAUUGAACAAAUCAUCAGCAAGUGGGCUUGUAAAUAAAAUAAAUGACAAGGUGU